AUGCAGUGUCUCAGAGCCUCUGGUUGUGAGCUUCCAACUAUUAUUAUGCCGGUGGUACUUGGAACACGUACAAAUUCUAUUAUCAGAUUAGAUCUUCCUUUCACAUAUUCUACUCUUUCAUUAGUCAGGGAUGCCAUCUGGGGAUGGUCAGGUGAAGGUCCACAAUUUGAUUACAAGAAAAAGAAAAGACGAUAUGCUAGAGUAGCGAAAAACCAAACAAGAAAGGGAAAAGGAGUAAAUACUUGAAACGGAAAGGUUAAAGAGUAGCAGUUCUCCAAUGGUGCACCUGAUAGAGAAAAAGUAGGAACCACUCUAAAUUUUAGUGGUUGGGAUAAACUAGACAAUCAUGGGAUGGAAGGACAGCAGGAAAAGCCCCUUAGUCAGAGUCUGGCUGAACCAAAACAAUGGACUGAUUGUAAAUUGAGCAAGAUAAUUGGAAGGAGAGGAACUCCAUUUGUAUUGAGACCGCUAAUUGAUGUUUUCCCGUUCUUGGGAUCUUGGACCAAGCUACUGUAA